UUGGAAGAAGUAAGGAGGGAGGUUGAGGAGGCGAGAGGGGAGAGGGAGGAGAGAGAGAGGGUGAUGGUGGGGCUGGAGGGGAGAGUGAGGGAGUUACAGGUGGAGGUGGAGGAGGAGAGGAGGAGGCGGGAGGAGGAGGAGGGGAGGAGAGAAGAGGAGGAGAGGAGGAAGGAGGAGGAAGGGAGGGCGGUGGAAGUGGAAGCAGAGAAAGAAGUUGAAGAGACACGGAAACAGGUAGUGGAGAAAGAGGAGCGGUUGAGAGCGGUAGAGGGGCAGUUGAAGGAGGUGCAGUCACAGCUGGAAGCAGCUGAAGGCCGGUUGGUGGGGAUACAGGCAGAGAAGGAAGCUGCAGAGGAGAGAAUGCGAGGCUUGGAGACAGAGAGAGAUGUGAGAGAGGAGAGGGUGCGUGAGCUAGAAGGCGAGAAGGUGGCUUUGGAGAGGGAGGUAGAGGAGGAGAGAGAGAGGCGAGAGGAAGCAGAUAGGAAGCUGGUUGGAGUACAGAGGGAGUUGGAGGAAGAGAGGGAGGCCAGGAGAGGGCUGGAAGCUGAGCUGGAUGUUUUACGUUCUGAGCUGGCGAGUGGUUGUGAUGAGCUGGCGAGUGCUCGUGAUGAGCUAGUGAGUGUCCGUUCUGAGCUGGCACGGGCCAGUCGUGAGGAGCAGGUGGAAGAUGGGGUAGGAGGUAGUGGGGAGGAGCAGAGGAAGGAGGUAGAUGAGGGAGGAGGUAAUGGGGAGGAUCUGGAUGUGGUGGCUGUGCGAGAGAGGGUGAGGGAGCUGGAGGAGAGAGUGAGGGAGGAGGAGGAGAGAGUGAGGGAGGAGGAGGAGAGAGUGAGAGUGCAGGAGGAAAGAGUGAGGGAGAAGGAGGAGCGGGUGAGGGAGGAGGAAGAGAGAGUGAGGGAGCGGGAGGAGAAGUUGGAGGGGCAAAUAGCAGAGCUGCAGUUACAGGUGGAGAAGGAAAGGGAGCAAUGGCAUGUGGAGAAGGAGCAGCUAGAGGCGGAAAAAGAAAGAGCUUAUAACGAGGUUAAUGAGCAGAAAGAGCACGUAUCGCUACAGAAGUCUAAGAUUCUUGAGCUUGAGGCAGAGAGGGACGCGUUAACAGCAGAGAGAGACGCGUUAAGGGCAGAAAGGGUGGCACUCGUGGCAGCAGGGCAACAGGCACUGGCUGAGAAGCAAGGAUUGGAGGAGCAGCUAUCGGUGCUGGGGUGUCGGAUUGAGGAGCUGGAAGGAGAGAGGGACGCAUUGCAGGGUGAGAAGCAGGGUUGGGAAGAGCGGCUAUCGGUGCUGACAUGUCGGAUUGAGGAGUUGGAAGGAGAGAGGGACGCAUUGCAGGCUGAGAUUGGCCGGGUGGAGGGGGAGAAGGGGGGCUUAAAGGCAGCAGUGGCGCGCCUAGAAGGGGAGAAGGAGCGACUAGAAGAAGAGAAGGGUGGUUUACAGGCGGAGAAAGAGGGGGUUGAGAGGGAGGGAGAGCGAUUGAGAGGGGAGUUGGAAGAAGAGAGGAGGAGAGGGGAGAGACUGACGAAGGAAGCUGAGGAGAGGGAGAGGAAGGUAGAUGAGAUGAGGAGAGAGGUUGAGGGUAUGCGGGGUGAGGUUGGUGAAAUGAGGAGUGAGAGGGAAUGGGAGAGGAGGGAAAGGGAGAUGAGGGGUGGGGAGGACGGGGAUAAGGGCGAGAGGGAAAAGAGGCUAGAUCAAUUGGAGGUUGCAUUGCAAGAGAAGGAAGAGGAGAUAGAGAGCCUCAAGCGGGAGGUAAGGGAGAAAGAAGCAAGGGUUGAGGAGCUAAGAGCACAGGUUGAGGAGAGGGAAGGGGAGAUUGGCAAUCUGCGGCAGGGGGCUGCUGAGUGGGAUGGCGGGGUGGAGAAGUGGAGGAAAGAGGUGGAGGUGAGGGAUGAAGAGGUGGAGAGAUUACGAAGGGAAAUGGAGGGUAGGGAUGGAGAAGUGGAGAGGUUAAGAAGGGAGGUAGGGGAGAAGGAGGCGAUGGUGGCGUCGGUGGCAGCAGCACGGAGCAAGGCAGUGGAGAAGCUCAAGAUGAUGGUGGAGAAGCUUAAGGAGGUUCAGGCGCAGUCAGAGGCGGUGGUGCUUGAGGCAGAGGCGAGGCUGGAGGAGAAGGACCGGGAGAUGGAGGAGAGGUUGGGAGAGAAGGAGAGGGAAAUGACGGAUAUGCUACGAGAAAAAGACGCAGAGCUACAGCAGCUGCAGGAAAGGCUGCAACUGAGGGAGGCGCAACUGCGAGGGGUGGCAGGGUCUGCUGCAGCUGCUGCUGCUUCUGGUGCUGGCGCCGCGGCAGCUGCUGGUGCUGGUGCUACCACUACUGCUUCUGGUGGUGCUGGUCCUGGUGCCGCUGCUGGCACUGACAAGGGGCCUCCUGCUGCUGAGGCAGAAGUUGGUACUCAACCAGAGGAGCAGGCAGCGCAGAGUGAUGCUUCUUUGCCACAGCAGCCGCGGGCAGAUGGGGGUGCUGGUCUUCUUACUCCUCCCAGUGACGUGGCAGAGAGGGAUGCCGAGCUGCGCAAUGAGGUGGCAGCAGCGGGCGAGGCAGUGAGAGUGCUGGAAGGGAGACUGGAGGCGUCUCGGAGGGAGACAGAAGAACUGAAGCGCAAGGCCAGCAACCCACCAGGACCCCCCGCCACCUCCUCCUCGGCGUCCUCCCUGUUGCCGGUCACCACACAGAGGAAGGCCACACCCGGGGGAGGCGCGUCUGACACAUCAGCAGAGUACUUGCCUCUGCUGGCGCAGCAGCUCGCCACAUCAUCGUCCUCCUCGCUGGCGGCCCACACGGCACUGCGGAUUGCUGACUCGUAUCCCGAUGACGAAGUGCACGGGUUCAAGUCAAUCGUCAGCGCCUUCCGUUUCCUGCCUGCCUUCCUGCACCCAGCCGCCAAGGGCAUCGAUCGACUGUGUGUGGCGGGAGGGCAGUCGCUGAUGGCCCGGCCCAUGAUGCGGCUGCUGCUGGUGCUCUACUGGAUGGCCAUGCAUGCUGGCAUGCUUGCCAUGCUCGCCGCUCUCACUGUCUCUUGAGGCUGAACGCGUCUCAUCUGACAUACAUGUCACUGCAAUGUCCCAUGAUGCACCUGCUGCUGGUGCUCUACUGGAUGGCCAUGCACACCAGCGUGCUUUCCAUGCUCGACGCACUCACCAUUGCUUCCAGAUCUCCUUUCUGGCUGCAUGUGCAUGCAAUGCAACAGCACCGUUUACUGGAUCUUACCAUGCAGGUGUCAACCAGAUGUGCUACAUCAAACGAAAUCAACAGUUCUGCAUAGAACCUCCAUUCUUUAUACAGUUAUUCGAGUAGUGUAUUGUAUGCAAUGUGCACUGUAGGUUGCUACUUUACUGAUUAUGUGUCUGUUUAGACUCAACAUAGCAGCCAUUGCUCCCCUCACUUGGGCGAGAGUUCGCAAUUCCAUUGUUCCAACAGUGUGCUGUGCCGCUUUACAUCAGUG